AAAGGGAGGGGAGGAGAGAAGCGGAGAGGAGGGGAGGAAAGCCCCUGUCAAGGAGGUGGAGCGAGAGGGUGGUGUCCGCCUCCCGAUCCUCCCUGCCUUGAGCUAGCCGAGCCUGAGCCAGGACCAAACACGCCGCCCGCGACCCACACAAAGCCCGGGGGGUCCACGCUGGCGCUGGAGGCGAGCCGGGAGCGAGCCCGGGGCGCGGCGGGACUUGGGGCGCGGGGCUGCUACGGGACGCGGGGCUGCUAGCAGGACGCGCGACCGGGCGUGGGUUGCGAUCGCCACCCCUACGGCGGGGCCCGGGACAUUUUGGGCCCUUUGGAGCCGCAGCGAGCGGUGGGGGACCAAGAUGAGCAGAGUACCCUGAGCCCGGCAACUUCGGCCCCUCCCCGCCCCCACCGGGCUGCCUUCCGCGCGUCCCUCUCCAUGUGCAGACGGUCGGCUAGGCGCUCCGGCUGGCGGCGGAUGGGUGACCUCUUCCUGGCCCGGGCGGGCUGUUCGAGGCGGCGGAGCCGGCGAUGAAGAAGAAGCAGCAGCAGCAGCAUCCCGGCGGCGGCGCGGAUCCCUGGCCUCAUGGGGCCCCUGUGGGGGGCGCCCCUCCUUGCCUGGGCAGCUGCAAGCGCCGGAUCCCGCUACUGCCUUUCCUGCGCUUCUCCCUCCGGGACUACGGUUUCUGCAUGGCUACCCUGCUGGUCUUCUGCCUGGGCUCCCUCUUCUACCAGCUCAGCGGGGGACCCCCUCGCUUCCUGCUGGACCUGCGGCAGUAUUUGGGAAAUUCUACUUACUUGGAUGACCAUGGACCACCUCCUAGUAAGGUCCUUCCCUUCCCCAGCCAGGUGGUGUACAACAGAGUCGGCAAGUGCGGCAGUCGCACCGUGGUCCUGCUUCUGAGAAUCUUGUCAGAGAAGCACGGCUUCAAUUUGGUCACGUCAGACAUUCACAACAAAACCAGGCUUACUAAAAAUGAACAAAUGGAACUGAUUAAGAAUAUAAGUACCGCUGAACAGCCCUAUUUAUUCACAAGACAUGUCCACUUCCUCAACUUCUCCAGGUUUGGAGGAGACCAGCCCGUCUACAUCAACAUCAUCCGAGACCCUGUCAGUAGAUUUCUCUCUAACUAUUUUUUCCGUCGCUUUGGAGAUUGGAGAGGAGAACAGAAUCACGUGAUCCGCACCCCCAGCAUGAGGCAGGAGGAACGCUACCUGGACAUCAAUGAGUGCAUUCUGGAAAACUACCCCGAGUGUUCCAACCCCAGGUUAUUUUACAUCAUUCCGUACUUCUGUGGACAGCACCCCAGAUGUCGGGAGCCCGGCGAGUGGGCGCUGGAGCGGGCCAAACUGAACGUGAACGAAAACUUCCUGCUCGUGGGGAUUCUGGAGGAGCUGGAAGACGUGCUGCUUUUACUGGAAAGAUUUUUACCUCAUUACUUCAAGGGUGUUCUCAGCAUCUACAAGGACCCAGAGCACAGGAAACUUGGCAACAUGACUGUGACCGUGAAGAAGACUGUGCCCUCCCCGGAAGCGGUGCAGAUUCUCUACCAGCGCAUGAGAUACGAAUACGAGUUCUACCACUACGUCAAAGAACAGUUCCACCUGCUCAAGCGCAAGCUCGGACUGAAGUCUCGCGCCAGCAGACCUCCCCCGAGACCACAGUUCUUUAUCCCCACCCCUCUGGAGACCGAGGAGCCAAUCGACGACGAGGAGCAAGACGACGAGAAAUGGCUAGAAGAUAUUUAUAAGAGGUGAUGCCUGCCGGCACCAGAUCGCUUCUGUGGCUUCAUUCCCCCCUUUUACAAAGUGCUUUCGGGGAAGAAAAAAAUCUGACGGGGGACUUUCAUUAAUGCUUGGGUGCAUUAAAAAGAACAAAACAUUCCCACAUGUUGGGGUCGUUGGGAGAUGCCCGGUUUUGCGGGUUUUAUUUGUUUAAUUUUAUUCUGUGUGUGUAUGUGUGUUUUCUUCCCUCCUUGAGGCUUUCCCAGGUACACUAGAUGGCUCUACCACAAGGUACCGCUUCAGAAAAUAGCCUUCCCUGAUCCCCUGCCUGCCCCUUUGAGUGAAAGAAGAGAGAAAUACACCCUCCAUCCUAGUCAUUUUAUCAUUUGUGAAAUGGAUCCAUAGAUAUUACAUCCAUGGUAAAGGCAUCCAGACUUGCAUCUUGUAGAAGAAAACCAUUUCAGAGAUGAAGGGAUCUAAAAAGCAGCUAGGAGUGGAAGUAGGCAAGAGGGAGGAUCCACUGAUUACAGGGUUUCAGCCCCUUCCCCCUCACCCACCUCACCCUGUGGGUGGGAUGCUGCCUCUUCCUAUCUCACAGGGACACUGUCCCCAAGAACACCGUACUUAUCUCUGAGAGAACAAGUCAGUGUCUAGCACCCACCUUCCCAACAAAUCAGAGCUUAGGAAGCCUGUUGAGAUCAAAGUGUGUACACAGUUAGUAAGCUCCCUUGAGAACUGCCAUUCUCAAGGAUUAUUCUGCUUGGAAGGCGUGCCAGGAAAGGCGUCAGCUUGUUAUGUCAAGUGUUGGCAGGGCAGAUCAAAUAUAAGGGCCUCAUUGUUGCAUUUGCAAGUGCCAGAAACUGAUUGACCUUUGACCUUGAUAUGUAUGGCAGGAAUCCUUAACUUGAUUGCAGACUGUGUACAAUCCCGAAAGCACACUCAAAGCCAAACUGGGCUCUUCUGAACUUGGUAUCUUUCAUUCCUUCUAGACCUGCAGGAGCUGUUGUGUUUAGUAACUAAGGGUACCCUAGCAACAGUAGAUCCAUUUUCUUAUAGAACCUGUUUGCCCCCAUAACCCUCCCCAGGGACACCAAUGCCAGAGGCCUCAGUGCCACAAACGGUGUCUGGGCAGGACACUGCUGGGCCCGCUUUUGAGUAGGCUGGUGCCCCAACAUGAUCUGAGUAAACACUGGGCAAAUAUUUUGCACCAAAAUUGUCCUUGCACUUAUUUACUCCUGACAACUCUCCUCUACCCAUGAUGCUCUGCUCCGUUAAUUACUGAAUUGUGUCUGGUUUUUUUUUUGUUUUUUUUUAAGUCCUGAAAAUUUUUAAAUUUCAUAUUCUCGCCGGUUGAUAUAAUGCAACUAGAGAAGCCAGGCUGCAGUGGUGGCAGCAGGAAGGACACUGGUGACAACUUGUGGCUGCCUCAGGUUUACCCCAGAGCCUGCCGUUGAAGAACACUAGCCAAAUAAGUUAGUAGUGCAUAAGGUAGACACGACCCUGGGUGACACACCAGGCAUUCAUUUUGUACUUUGUAGAAACCAUCAAGUCUCUCUAGAAUUUUUUUUUUUUUGCUUCCUUCACUAGAACUGGACACUGGCCAAGGUCUAAAGCCAGUCAUUUGAAAACCUGUCCAGUGUGUGCUGAAGCUGCUUCAGUGUGAAAUGCAUUAAGAUGGGUCACCACUCAAAGGCAUCCAGGGAAGGCGGGACCACAGAGGUAGAAGUCUAGCCCUGGCCACUCAUGGGCCUCCUUCUGCCUCAGGGAACUGGGACAGGAAGUGAAUAAGGGAGCUGUUCACAGAGAGGGAAAGUAUCCUUUGUCCUGUUCAGACAGGCUGGGCCUACCAAUUAACCAGACUUUGAAGAGCGACAUAGAAAACCCCUGUGACUAUUUUCCAGACAAGCACGAGGACUGCAGUGUAGUGCUUUGUAAGUCAUCUCCGUGGCAUUGCCUACACAGUGAUGGUUAGCUUACCGAGAUCCUGCAUUCGAAGAUAAAGCUGCAUUAGCUAGGCUCUCCCAGCUACGUCGUGCAGACGUCCAUUGGGGCAGCUGGUCACUCAUAAAGGUCCCCUGCUUUCUGGAAGCUUGCACAGCGCUUGCUGUGCCUUUGAAGGCAUUUAUUCCCACCCACGGCCACUGCCACGCCACAGGAGAGGGGUUUGGCUGACUAGUGGCAGGACCCUCCUGGUAUCUUGUCCUAGCUACACAGCCCCUGCACCCUGAAAGCCAAGGCACUUCAUCACCUGGCCUGGGCCCUGGCCCGACAUAGUUUGUACUUCAUGAAAUAUAUAUUGUACAUUUUACAUAGUUUAAUUUAAAAAGAAAAUACAUUUUAAGCUAGUUGGUCCUUGCCUUAUUUAUUAUAACCUUUCAGCACAUUCCAAGGUUUUAGUUACUCAGGAAGGAGUUAAUUAAAAUGAUUUUAUUUUGGUCGGAUGGGUUUUUUUUUUUUUUUUUUUUUUUAAGGAAAAAUUGUCCUUAUGAAUACUCGGUUGGCUCCAUUGAAUGCUGUAAAGUGCUUAUAAGUCUUUUUAAAGUAUUAAAAAAAUGUAUUUGACAUUGAUGGGAGUUCAAAAAUAUAGAUGGAACUAAAGCAUUAGCUUAGCUAUAAUAAAAACGAUCUGUGUUUGAGGUAAAGUGUUCCUUAAUUUAUUCAUUACCCAUAGAAAUAAAUGAAUAUAAAUAAGUCGACCCCUUUUUUUUUCUGUUAUUUUGGUAGCUGGAAAUUAAAGACUUCCCUUUUUCUUCAA